AUGCAUCAAGCGAUAAAAAUCGCUAACGGCCGGAUAGACGCGGACGGAAUUCCCAACGUCGAAGGGCUGGAAAAGAGAGUAUUCCCUAGGACGUUUCUGCUCCUGAUAGUGGGAGGAAUGUGGGCACCGACGACCAUCAAAUCGCGCGCGCUCUUCGCGUGCUACCAACUCUACACAGUAUUCUGCUUCGUAAGCGUCUGCAUGCUGAUAAUCACGAUACUCAUAGAUAACGUGCUAUCCGACGACAAGACGAUGGAGUCCCUGGUGGAGUACGCGUACAUGCUCAUCGUUUUCUCCAACGGACUCGUGCGGAUAAUCAACCUGGUCAGCAGAAGGGACAAGAUCCUCCGUUUGCUGCAAGGCAACAUCAUGCUAGACAGGUGGCAGAGCCUUCGGGACGACGAGGAGCUCGCGAUAAUCGCCGAGUCGAAAGUCUCGGAAAAGCUUGUCCUCAAGAUCUGGGGUUCCCUCAUCCUCAUGAACGGCAUCAGUAAUGCGGUCAACCCCAUCAUUCACGAGAACCCCGACAACACCCUGAUGUUUGAGUGCUACUCACCCUGCGACCGAAGCGUCUCCUACUGCUUCUGGAUGACGUACAGCUAUCAAUUGUUCGGAUACGUCAUUAUGAGCGUAGCCCAUCUUGGGGUCGACUGCCUGAUCUACAACAUCAUCGACCAGAUCAACUCCCACUACAAGAUAUUCCUCAACAGGUUGCUGAAACUGCCGGCUCGAGUGAGGGAGAAGGCGCGGGACGACGUCGCCGCUGCUUUGCGCUACGAGAACAACUACAUCAAGGAGUGCGUAGCGGAUCACCACAGUAUUUACAAAGCGGCCGGUGAGCUGAACGACAUAUUCAACGAGCUGGUCUUCAUUCAGUUCAUAUCGUGCAUAUCGCUCCUCUGCACGAACAUUUAUUUCUUGUCCAAGCAGGAGCUUUUCAGUCCGCCUUUCAUCGCCGUCUUCGCCUUUCUUUGCUGCGCCCUCACGCAGAAUUUCUUCUUCUGCCUCUUCGGAAACAAGCUGUCUCAAACUGGCUCGGAAAUCGCUGGUGCCAUCUUCGGUAUGGACUGGCAGGAGCUUCAGAAGGAGACUAGACGGAAACUCCUGUUCAUCAUGCUCCUGACCUCGAAGGGAAUCGCUUUGUUCAACAACGCUGUUGUCAAUCUGUCGCCGGAAACGUUUUUAAAACUGGUCAAAGUAUCGUACUCGGCUUUUAAUCUGCUCAACCAAUCAACCCACAAGUAA